AUGUUUAAAGUAUCUCAACAUCAUGAAUAUGCUUAUCGUCGUCGCUUACGCAGGAGACCGCCGCAACUAAGUAAAAUUGAUAUUUUGAAGGCAAGCCUUAAGACCGUCAGUAAAGAGUAUUGCCAAGAGUCUUCUAUCUGUGGGCUUAAACACUUGGUUGAUGAUACUACUCCCUUUAUUGAAAGGCUGGUGUGGAUAAUAAUGUUGGUGGUCAGUGUUGGCUGUUCUAUAGCGCUGGUGCAGAUAACAUUUAAUAAAUUCUACAGUGCGCCACUUGUGACGACGCAGUUGCCCGAUGGUAUUCCAGUGGAUAACAUUAUAUUCCCCGCCGUCGGCCUUUGCACGAACAACAGAAUCAGCAAACAGGCGGUUUCGGAACUAGCUAAGAGUUUGCUUAAGGAAGAACGAAACAAGCAGUACAAUGAAAAUGAAAUGAUGAGCCUCCUCGCGGGCUUAGGACAGUUGUAUGGUAUGUCAAUGAAUGUAAAUAAUGUGUCUCCCAUUGCUUUACAUAACGCUUUGGGUGAAUAUGAUGUGCACGAGUUGAUGAGAAAAGUGUCAGCAAGUUUUACAAAAGCCUCCCGAGAUAUCCAACACGUGCCAAUUAGUUUGAGAAAAUGUAGAUUCUACGACGAGUCCUCAUUUCUGUCGUUUUAUACGUAUAGCGACUGUAUGCUAAAAUGCCGAAUGCUAUUUCUACUGGAUCGUUGUAACUGCACGCCUUUUAAUAUGCCCAAGAUAAACACAGCUAGAACGUGCAAUAUGAAAGAUGUACAGUGCCUCAAAUUAUAUUAUUCUCAAUCAAUAGCAGUUCAACCAAUUAACGUAGAAACGGUACCAGAAGAAUUAGAAUUGAACUUGGUGAAUGGUGGUAUUGAUUGUCCAAUGUGUUACCCUACGUGUUCUAAAACUACAUACGGCUAUGACUUCAAUAACGUAGUUAUUUAUCCAGAGUUCCUCAACACCGUGCCGGACAGUGAUCGAGAUGACUGGCUGGAAGGUGCAAAUUUUACUGGCACAUCUAUUGUUCAUGUAAAGUACGCUAAGGAUGCAGCCGAUUGUUACGGCCAGAAUGUUAUUAUGAAAUGGUUUGAUUUAAUUAGUAAUAUCGGUUCAACUUGUGGCGUCAUCACCGGCUUCAGCUUUGUCUCAGUACUCGAGUUCAUCUACUUCUACACGGUGAAGUUGGUUCGUGAGAUGCGUGAACGAAGAGAACAUUUUAACAACGGUAGAAAAAUCACCGUGGAGCCCCAGAGACCGGCACAAUUUGAAUCUAUUAGGAAAUAUAGGCCUAUAUAUUGGCAUGAACUUACUGGUUACCACUAUUGA